ACCCCGGCGCUGGGAUGGCAGCGGGACAGUCGGACCGCGGCGGGACGGCGGGACGGUUCCCAGCCGAGGUGGUGGCUGGAGCGCUCCGGGGGGAUCCAGCCAGGGCGUUUGCCAGUCGCUUUGUUGCUGCUGGGGGAUUUUUUACUUUUUUUUUUUUUUUUUUUUUUUUUAGGAUUAUUAUUAUUUUGAAAGGGAGGGUGAGGAGAGGGGGCUGACACUGACUAUAAAGGCAGAGCUCCCUGGAGCAGCCAGCACUUCCCCGUCACCAUGAGCACUCCCCGGGCCUGACAGCCCCAGCCUGUCCCACUGUCGCCGGCUGAAGCUGCCCUGGAGCGUGGCUGUGUGUCCGAAGCUCGGGUUGGGAUGGUGUGAGCCCGGAGCCGCUCCUCGCCCUCCCAGCACCCUCACCGGCUCUGGCAGGAGCCGAGCCCUCCAGCCGCUUGGAUGAUUUGAUUCCUCCCCUGUCCGACACCACUCCUGCCCAGAUGCAGUGGAUAAUAUUCAUGUUGCUGUUAUUCAUCAGCUCCAUGGAAAUGCUCACGCAGAACCGGUGGAAGAAGCAAGCGAGUGCUGGCCUGCUGGAGAACUGCACGGGCUGCGUCCUGUGCUCUGAGGACAAUGGCUGCAUCACCUGCCACCACCGCCUCUUCCUGCUCAUCUGGAGGGACGGCAUCCGCCAGUACGGGAUGUGCGUCCACACCUGUCCCCCGGGCUACUUCGGUGUGCGGGGUCUGGAGGUCAACAGAUGCACAAAGUGCAGGUCGCCCAGCUGCGAGAGCUGCUUCAGCAGAGACUUCUGCAUGAAGUGCAAGGACAAGUUUUACCUGUACAAGGGCCAGUGCUUCCGGCAGUGUCCCCCCGGCACCGCGGCACAGCCCGGCACCCGCGAGUGCCAAGAGACGUGCGAGCCGGGCCCGUGGAGCGAGUGGAGCGCCUGCACCCACGAGAGCCGCACCUGCGGCUGCAAGUGGGGAGUGGAGACGCGGGUGCGGGAGGUGCCCGAGGCUGCCCGGGAGGAGGGGACCGCCUGCCCCGCGCUGCUGGAGACCAGGAGGUGCCGCAUGAAGAAGCACUGCCCCGGAGAGAAAACCGAACCCAAAAAUAAAGGCAAAAAGCGACAGAAGAAGCCGAAGACAGAGAGGCACACGGGCACCUAGCGGGCACCAGCACGGGAGCUGGGGCACCAUGGCAGGAGCUCCCAGCCAACUCCUGCCACGGUGCUGCAGCCACAUCACCCCUGGUUUUCCAUCCACAGAAAAAAAAAGGAAAAAAAAUUGCAUAAUUUUCUCUGCCCCCCCCAUCCCCCUUUUCUUUCGAGACAAUUUAUGGCCUGUAAAACAUUUCCUUUUCAGAAAAUCUAAUUUGCAAUGUCCAAAGCAAAGCCCUAGGGCUUGGGGAGGGGGUGGCUCCUUUAUUCCUCUGGUCUUCCCUCUGCCCUAGCCUGCUCCAUCCCUUCCUCCAGACGGGUGGGAUGGGGUUAGACUGGGGUUGGACCCUGCUAAUGAAGCUGUUGCCUGGCUGGGUAGUGUUCCCCAGGGCUGGGAGAUGCCCUGGCUCCACGGGGCCCUGAUUUUAUGGGAGUGCUGGGGGGCACAGUGCAGCACUGAGCUGCUCCAGGUGCUGGAUAGUGUCCCCCAUCCUCAGCCACAGGCAUGGGAAGCAGCAGCAUGGGAAGCAGCAGCACUCCUGGGUUGGGGCCCCACUGGGGAUUGUGCCAUUGCUCACAGCAGCCCAGCCUGGUGCUCAGUGUCCCCACUGGCACAACCAAGGGACAAAUCCUGCUCUCCUGGGGCUCCGAGGGCAGCUGGACCUCCAGACUGACAACCCUUCUUGGGACCAUGCCAUCCCAGCACCCAGCACCCUCAAGGGCCAAAUCCUGCCAUCCUCAGGCUCACAGAGAGGCUCAAAGAGCUUCUCUCCCAGCUGGAUGUGGGCACAGAAAUUUGGGGGGACCGUGUCUGUAUUCAGACAGGGAGAGGCACAGUGUGAGUGCAGUCCCCAGACUGGGAUGUGCUGGAAGCAGCUCUGCAAAUCCCUCCCAGCCAUCAGCAGGGCGUGACCGUGGGGUGCUGAGCCCCCUCCCAGCCAUCACCGUGGGGUGCUGAGCCCCCUCCCUGCCAUCACCAGGGCGUGACCGUGGGGUGCUGAGCGCAGUCUAUCCGUCGCUGUCACGCUGUGUGUGUCCCAGGCACAGAGGGCUCUGUCGGGAUAUGUACCGUGUGAGUGCUCCAAUCGCUGUCCAGCCGCAGGCAGCUCUGCCAUUGGGGAUUGCCGGGGUGCGAACUCGCCGUCCCCGUCC